GGGGCGGUCGUAGAGGGGGCUGCGUGGGCGCUGGAUCCGGCCGUGCGGACUUGGAACGCGCUCCCGGGGCUCGUACCUGUCGCUGGCUGGUCCCCGAGCCCGGUGGCCCAGGCUUACCCUUCCCCGGAGGAGGAGUAAACUGGGACUCACUCAAGGGCUGGUGCCAGGCGGCGCACACACGCACUAGUUUUCAGAACGGAGAAAGGUCAGUUCUGGAAACUGCAGAUCGAUAGUGGUUAACUGUGCCCUUCGUCGCAUUUAGGGAGAGAGGUCGAGACCAGCCAGCGGUGUAAACUUCCUGACGGGACGUACCGACCAGGCGCUCUUACUGGUCUCAUAACCGAUCGAGUUAACAGACGGGCAAAUGAAGGAGACGUUAGGACAGGAGCGCGUGUGAAUUUUGAGCACGAACCCGCACGCCUCGCACAGCUCUUAGGGAGCUUAGUGGGACGCUGGCGGGGGAACCGCGCAGGUUUGCAGAUUUGUAGUUGGGCAGUAACUGCUCAGAAUCUUGAUGAGUGGCUCUUGGCUUCUGGAAGGAGUUCUGAAAGACCUCACUGCCUUGGCUUUGGCCUCAUUUCGUCUAGUGUUUGUACUUUUGUUAAUGUGCCCUCUGCCAAAAAUAGUAGAAGGUGCAGUGCCUCUCAGGUGCUCUAACGAAGGCUUAGGACGGAGAAUGUAAAAUUUGCCUUGACGGAGGGCUGGGAACCUGAUCCCCCCAAUCUUCCCCAUCUUCCUGAAUGGCAUCACCGUUCACUUGGGUUUUCAAGCCCCGGACUUAAGAAUAAUACUCCUUCUCUUAUUCCUGAAGACGGUUCAUAAUGAAGUCUUGUGGCUUCUUCCCCAAAAAUGUGUUUGCAGUGAGCCCCACCUCUUCUCUCGCCAGUGUCCUUGGCUCCCCAGCCCCCUUGUCUCCAGGUGGACUUGAGUCCCAGGUAGUCUGGCCCCAGCCUAGGUCCAUCACCUGUCCGUGGAGGGGCUCUUUAAAGGGACAUCAUAGGGCCACACCCUGAUUAAAACUCCUCAAAGGAUUUCUCUUAAAGUCACAUCUACAUUCCUGCAGGAUCCUAAUUGAUCUGGCCUUUGUCUAGGGCUCAUUUCCUUCUUUCCUUGCUGUAGCAUUCAAUUCUUCGUGUUCCUCGCAGAUAUUCUGAGAAUCCGCCUCCUCUGACUCCUCCCUUAGGUCUCAGGGCGUCAGCUUCCUAAAAAAGGCCUUCCUCAAACCUGCCUGCAAAUAACUUCACUUUACACCAGUCUUUUUCUACCACAGUGGUUCUCAAAGUGUGGUUCGUGGACCCCUGGAGUUCCCGGCGGCGCUUUCAGGGGUCUGCAAGAUGGAGUUUUAACAUUGAAUGCGGAGAACACUAAUUAUGCCUAUCAAGUUGCAAACUUCCAUAAGUGUGAAAUCUGUCUGCUAUCUUUUCCAAAAGAGUCCCAGUUUCAACGCCACAUGAGGGAUCACGAGCGAAAUGACAAGCCACAUCGAUGUGACCAGUGCCCCCAAACAUUUAAUGUUGAAUUCAACCUGACACUUCAUAAAUGCACCCACAAUGGGGAAGACCCUACCUGUCCUGUGUGUAACAAGAAGUUCUCCAGAGUGGCUAGUCUCAAAGCGCAUAUUAUGCUGCAUGAAAAGGAAGAGAACCUCAUCUGUUCAGAGUGUGGGGAUGAGUUCACCCUGCAGAGCCAGCUGGCCAUCCACAUGGAGGAGCACCGCCAGGAGCUGGCCGGGAGCCGCGUGCACACCUGUAAGGCCUGUAGGAAGGAGUUCGAGACGUCAUCACAGCUGAAGGAGCACAUGAAGACUCAUUAUAAAAUUAGGGUGUCAAGUACAAGGUCUUACAAUCGGAACAUCGACAGGAGUGGAUUCACGUACUCGUGCCCACACUGUGGAAAGACGUUUCAAAAGCCAAGUCAGUUAACUCGGCAUAUUAGGAUACACACAGGUGAAAGGCCGUUUAAAUGCAGUGAAUGCGGGAAGGCUUUCAACCAGAAGGGGGCGUUGCAGACGCACAUGAUCAAGCACACAGGUGAAAAACCCCACGCCUGUGCCUUCUGUCCUGCCGCCUUUUCUCAGAAAGGGAAUCUGCAGUCACACGUGCAGAGAGUUCACUCGGAGGUCAAGAAUGGUCCUACCUAUAAUUGUACAGAAUGUAGUUGUGUAUUUAAAAGUUUGGGUAGCUUGAACACUCAUAUCAGCAAGAUGCAUAUGGGUGGACCACAGAAUCCAGCAAGUUCCGCAGAGACGGCGCAUGUGUUAACGGCCACACUGUUUCAGACGUUACCUCUCCAGCAGACGGAAGUCCACGUCACGUCCGCGUCGAGUCAGCAGAAUUCCCAGGCGGUGACCGAUGUCAUCCAGCAGCUCCUGGAGCUGUCCGAGCCGGGGCCGGCUGAGUCCAACCAGCCCCCUCAGCCCGGCCAGCAGCUCAGCAUCACAGUGGGCAUCAACCAGGACAUUUUACAGCAAGCCUUAGAAAACAGUGGGCUGUCUUCAAUUCCAGCUGCAGCGCACGCUCACGACCCCAGCCACGCCAGGACGCCCUCCGCGCAGGGGCCCACCGCGGACACGCCUCACGCCUCAAGUGAGCCGCCCCCCUCCGCCGAUGCAGAGCCAGAAAAAGAACAAGAAAGCCCAGAGAAGUUGGAUAAAAAAGAAAAAAAAAUUCUAAAGAAGAAAUCGCCAUUUCUCCCUGGUUCGAUCCGCGAGGAGAACGGUGUCCGGUGGCACGUGUGUCCCUACUGCACCAAGGAGUUCCGGAAGCCGAGUGACCUGGUGCGCCACAUCCGCAUUCACACCCACGAGAAGCCCUUCAAGUGUCCGCAGUGUUUCCGGGCCUUUGCCGUAAAGAGCACCCUGACCGCGCACAUCAAGACCCACACGGGCAUCAAGGCGUUCAAGUGCCAGUACUGCAUGAAGAGCUUCUCCACGUCGGGGAGCCUCAAAGUGCACAUCCGCCUGCACACAGGAGUCAGACCUUUUGCUUGUCCUCACUGUGACAAAAAGUUUCGGACCUCAGGCCACAGGAAGACUCACAUUGCUUCUCACUUUAAACACACGGAGCUAAGGAAGAUGAGGCACCAGCGUAAACCGGCGAAGGUUCGAGUCGGCAAGACGAACGUUCCGGUCCCUGACAUUCCUUUGCAAGAGCCGAUUCUCAUAACUGACGUAGGUCUUAUCCAGCCCAUUCCAAGAAACCAGUUUUUUCAAAGUUAUUUUAAUAACAAUUUUGUAAACGAAGCAGACAGACCGUACAAGUGUUUUUACUGUCAUCGUGCAUAUAAAAAGUCUUGCCACCUUAAACAGCACAUCAGAUCACAUACAGGUGAAAAGCCUUUUAAAUGUUCUCAGUGUGGAAGAGGCUUUGUUUCUGCGGGAGUGCUCAAAGCACACGUCCGCACGCACACUGGAGUCAAGUCUUUCAAGUGUCUGAUAUGUAACGGGGCUUUCACUACUGGCGGUAGCCUACGGCGACACAUGGGUAUCCACAAUGACCUUCGUCCCUAUAUGUGUCCCUAUUGCCAGAAAACGUUUAAGACCUCGCUAAAUUGCAAAAAGCACAUGAAAACCCAUAGGUACGAGCUCGCCCAGCAGCUCCAGCAGCACCAGCAGCAUCAGCCAGCCGCCCCCCUGGACGACAGCACCGGGGACCAGCAGAGCGUGCACGCCCCGACGCACGUGCAGGUGGACAUCGAGAGUGAGGAGCUGCGGCGGGCGGCCGCGGACACCACCAACCCCGAGGCCAUGCUGGACCUGGAGCCACAGCAGGUCGUGCGCACGGAGGACGCGGGGCUCGGCCAGCCGUUGACACACCAGCCUCUGGAAGCGGACGAAGAUGGGUUCGUGGCCCCGCCGCCCGCCCUGCCAGGGCCCGUGGACCAGUUUGACGAACGGGCUCCAGCACAGUCCUUCGAACCGGCAGGCUUGUCGCAGGGCUUCCCCGUGACGGACCCGUACGGUCAGCAGACCGCGUUCGCGCCCGUCCAGCAGCUGCAGGACUCGAGCACGCUGGAGUCUCAGGCCCUGUCCGCCAGCUUCCACCAGCAGAGCCUGCUCCCCGUGCCCGGCUCUGACGCCAUGAAUGUGACAACUCGUUUGAUCCAAGAGUCGUCCCAAGAAGAACUGGAACUGCAGACCCCACGCCCCGAAUUCCUGGAGGCCGGGGAGGACCAGGGCCGGCGCUCCUACAGGUGUGAGUACUGCAACAAAGGCUUUAAGAAGUCCAGCCACCUGAAGCAGCACGUGCGGUCACACACUGGGGAGAAGCCCUACAAGUGCAAGCUCUGUGGCCGUGGCUUCGUGUCCUCGGGCGUUCUCAAGUCUCACGAGAAGACCCACACAGGAGUGAAGGCGUUCAGCUGCAGUGUUUGCAACGCUUCGUUCACGACCAACGGCAGCCUCACCAGGCACAUGGCCACGCACAUGGGCAUGAAGCCCUACAAGUGUCCGUUCUGCGAGCAGGGCUUCCGCACCACAGUCCACUGCAAGAAGCACAUGAAGAGGCACCAGGCGGCCCCCCCUGCCGCGCCAGCCCCGGGGGAGGCGGACGGAGGAGAUAUGUGUGUGGAGGAAGAGGAAGAAAAUCCCGAGAGAAACCCAUCUCGAAAGGCUCGUCCCGAGGUCAUCACCUUCACGGAGGAGGAGACGGCACAACUGGCCAAAAUUCGGCCGCAGGAAAGUGCGACGGUGUCGGAGCAGGUCCUGGUGCAGUCGGCGGCCGAGAAGGACCGCGUCAGCGAGAUGAAGGACAGACAGGCGGAGCUGGAGGCCGAGCCCAAGUUCGCCAACUGCUGCUCCUACUGCCCCAAGAGCUUCAAGAAGCCCAGUGACCUCGUGAGGCACGUGCGAAUCCACACUGGAGAAAAGCCAUAUAAAUGUGAUGAAUGUGGGAAGAGCUUUACUGUUAAAUCGACCCUAGACUGCCACGUGAAGACGCACACAGGUCAGAAGCUCUUCAGCUGUCACGUGUGCAGCAACGCCUUUUCCACAAAGGGGAGCCUGAAGGUGCACAUGCGCUUGCACACGGGAGCGAAGCCCUUCAAGUGUCCGCACUGUGAGCUGCGCUUCCGCACGUCCGGGCGGAGGAAGACGCACAUGCAGUUUCAUUAUAAACCCGACCCGAAGAAAGCCAGGAAGCCGGUGGCCCGAAGCCCGUCGGAGGCGCUGCAGCCCUUAAACCUGCUCAGCCCGUCAUCCGCCGACCCCAGCGUGUUCGUCAUGAACAACUCUGUCCUGACGGGGCAGUUCGAGCAGAACGUGCUUCCGCAGGGGCUGGUGGGCCAGGCCAUCCUCCCUGCCUCCGUGUCGGCUGGUGGUGACUGGACAGUGUCUUUGACGGACGGGAGCUUGACCAGCCUGGAGGGCAUACAGUUACAGCUGGCUGCUAACUUAGUCGGGCCAAACGUCCAGAUCUCUGGAAUCGAUGCCUCCAGCAUUAACAACAUAACGUUACAGAUUGACCCAAGUAUUUUGCAGCAGACGCUACAGCAGGGCAACUUGCUCAGUCAGCAGCUGCCGGGGGAGCCCGGCCUGGCCUCCCAAAACAGCACCUUGCAGACACAGGACAGCACGGUCCCAGCCAGUGUCGUCAUCCAGCCCAUCUCAGGCCUGUCCUUACAGCCCACGGUGACGUCUGCCAGUCUGACCAUCGGCCCGCUGUCUGAGCAGGACCCUGUGAUGACCACCAGCAGCGGGACUCAAGACCUCUCUCAGGUGGUGACGUCGCAAGGCCUGGUAUCCACCUCCAGCGGCCCCCACGAGAUCACCCUGACCAUUAACAACUCGAGUCUGAGCCAGGUGUUGGCGCAGGCUGCCGGGCCCGCUGCUGCGUCGUCCUCCGGGUCCCCGCAGGAAAUCACCCUGACCAUCUCUGAACUUAAUGCUACAACUGGAAGCCUGCCUUCGACGACACCCAUGUCUCCGUCGGCCAUAUCUACUCAGAACCUGGUCAUGUCUUCAUCAGGGGCGGGGGGAGAUGCCAGCGUCACGCUGACUCUGGCCGAUACUCAGGGCUUGCUCUCCGGAGGACUGGACACGGUCACACUCAACAUUGCUUCUCAGCAGGGUCAGCAGUUCCCAGCCUUACUCACGGAUCCCUCACUCUCCGGCCAAGGGGGAGCGGGCUCCCCACAGGUCAUCUUAGUGAGCCACACCCCCCAGCCCUCCUCCGCUGCUGGCGAAGACAUCACCUACCAGGUCACUGACGUCUCUGCCAGCCUGGCCCAGGGCGGGCCGCCCGAGAAGGAGGCCCGGCUGCACCAGUGCGUGGAGUGUGGCCGCGGCUUCGCGUCGGCCGCCAUGCUGCUGCAGCACAGCAAGGAGGUGCACGGCCGGGAGCGCAUCCACGUGUGUCCCGUGUGCAGGAAGGCCUUCAAGCGCGCCACUCACCUCAAGGAGCACAUGCAGACGCACCAAGCCGGCCCUUCCCUCAGCUCCCAGAAGCCCAGAGUGUUCAAGUGUGACACCUGUGAGAAGGCGUUCGCCAAGCCCAGCCAGCUGGAGCGGCACAGCCGCAUCCACACAGGGGAGCGGCCGUUCCACUGCACGCUCUGCGAGAAGGCCUUUAACCAGAAGAGCGCGCUGCAGGUGCACAUGAAGAAGCACACGGGCGAGAGGCCCUACAAGUGUGACUACUGCGUCAUGGGCUUCACCCAGAAGAGCAACAUGAAGCUGCACAUGAAGCGGGCGCACAGCUACACCGGAAGUGUGCAGGAGCCCGUGGCCCCGCAGGAGCCCGGAGCGGAGGAGCUGAGCCGCACCCUCCAGCUGGAAGACGUGGUGCAGGAGGCCGCGAGCGAGUGGCAGGCCUUGGCCGGUGUGUUCUGACGCGCCCGUCCCCGCCUGGAGGGCCGUCCCUCGCGUCGCGUGUCGCGGAAGAACAGAGCGCUUGGAGUGUCCGUGUUGAAGCUCCAAGUGUCAAGGAUGUUACCACCGCGGUGUUUCAGUUAUAAAAUUAUCUAAGAAUCAUUGUCGUUCAGAGACUGAGAGGAAAAAACCGGGGACGGUGUGAACGCGGUGCCGUCAUUUGUCUACGAAUCAUUGAGCUCAGGUACUACGAUAGGUAGUUUCCCCCUCUACUCGGUGGCCAGUGCAUCUAGUUAAACAGAACUUAACUGGAUCUCACUGUCCUCGUGGUGUGACGUCUUUGUAUUGGCAAAGGCGAAAGUUACCAUGGAAAAAGUAAGAUAGUUUCCUUCAUGCUUUCUGUCGUAAGAAGCAGAGCUUAUAAAACACACAUAAAAUAGGUGCAUGAAGUUCGAAAAAUGUCAGAACACACAGGGAAGUUUUUUCCAUUUCUUUUCCUCUGUGCAUUUUGAAGUUAGAAAUGGACUGUUUUUGGUCUACCGUAGUAAGUUAAUCUAACUAGUUCCUUGAGAGCCGGCUGGACCAGUUCUCUCCGCAUUACGUUUGUCUAAUCAUUAGCUACAGGAACACCGCCUCGGGGCAGAAACCUGGGGGGCUGUAAACCCGACGCCGAGAAGGAUUAAACCGUCCUCACGGGAGGGGCCGCACUUGCUUCUUUAGUCGACAUCCAGGUACGCGGGUUAGACGGUUGCAGAAAGCACAAGCCAUACGUCACAAGCAGGGAAGGGCAGAGCUGGCUCCCGGGAGUGGGGGCGCCGUGGCCCUGCCCACCCCGACGCCUGAGAGGUGCAUUUGUAGAUUAAAGGUAAGGACCGUACGAGCCCCGUGACUUUCUCUUCACGCAUAAGCAGGUGUAUUUUUUAUUUCAGGGAAUUCUUUACUAUCAUCAAUGGUGCCACAUUGAACACGUCCCAAACCAAAUCCCACCCCGUGCGGGGGGCAGUGUGCGUUGCUCCUACAGCAUUCCAAAGAUGGAAAGUUCUUUACUUCAUGUGAAUUUCUCCUUCAAAGUUAUUUAUAUGUUCUAUAUAUAAAUACAUAUGUACAUACGCAGAUAUAUGGGCCUCUGUGUGGCUGAACAGUAUAUUUUGUAAAUAGAAGCUCUAGUCCCCAGAUUCCAGAGAGAGCGUCAGAGUUUUUAGCUCCCUGCGAGCACUUCAGAUCAGUAUUGUAUUCGUUCUAUUCACAAAUGGGUAUCUUUUCAUUGUAACGUAAAGGUGGGGUUGCUUUGCUUUUGGUUUUUUCUUCCUGAAAAAUAAUUGCUUUUAUUUUCUCUCAUUGCCUCCCUGGUUUCAGAAGAGAGCAGUUUUAUUAUAAAUAUUGUAUGGACUUUGUAUAUUAAGAGACGGGCUCAUUUCAGAUUCCUGAAGAAAGAGACAUUCUCACUGUUAUUUUUUCAAAGGGCAUCUUUUGAUUUUUUGUUGUUGUUGUUGUUGUUCACUUUGGGCAUAUGUAUAUAAGUAAUAUUGAUGGUGAUAUAAGAACUUUUGUUAUGUGAAAAUAUUUAAGUCAGAAAACUGUUAAAUAAUAUUACUUUUUUUUCAAACUGCUUUGUGUAUUGUAUAUUUUUUUAAGGGAAAAAAAGCCUUAUUUGACUUAUUCUUGUGAUACUGGACUUCUGUAUCCUGAGGUUCUCCUUGAAUGUCGUCGUGUACCGGCAGUACUCCAUAUAUUCGGAAUAAUUGUAAUUGUGCCAGAGUUUUAAAGAUUCUGCUUUUAAUGCACUUUUCUUUUAUAAUUUUGUAUUAAAAUAUUUUAGAAAUGUUGAUUAAUUUUGGUGAACAGAGAUCUCCAAAGUUGAAAUUAUUGCAUUUAAAACAUGUUGUUCUCGCUAGGUUAUUUAUUUUGGUUGUAGCAUUAAAUGUCAUCUCUCAGGACAGUGUCUAAAAGGGUUUGAUUCCUACUUGUACAGAAAGCGUAGUUCAGUGAACUGUAUUGGUGAAUUGCCUGUUUACGUAAGGCCUUACCAGGUGAAUCUAAAGCCUACUUUUAUUUUCGUCAAAGAAAAUGAGGAACAAUCUAUCAAUAAUUCAUUUUGUGAGUUUUCUCGAUUUAUUAACUCAGCAGGCAAACACAAGACAUUAAUAUAUUAUUUUUAUUUACUUCCUAGUUAUAAAAGCUGCUUCUUUGCAAAACAUUCCUUGAAAAUAUAAGGUUUUGUAAAGACAUAAUUUCACUUGAACCUUUGGUGGAGUACAGGUUGAUCUUUAUAUUUUACUGGUUAAUAAAUGUCUUCUGACAAGAGAUUUCUAGCCUCCUGCAUAACCAGGGUUUUGAGAACAGAUAACUGUAUUUUUAGAAAUAUCUCCUCAUAGCGUACCUGCUUUGGAAUAACAAUAAAUAAAAAAUGAAGUUA